UUUGGGGGAUUUUUGCGACUGGAAUAUACACGAUGGCGGGGGUAAAGCGCAGGACCGAUACCACAGAGGCCUCCCUCAGCAAAAGAACCAAGUCGAAGUCGUCGGCGAAGCCGGUCGAAGUGAAGGGCAAGUCCAAGACAAAGGCCGCAAAGGUGGUGGAGGUGGACAGCGAUGAGGAUAUGCUAGAUGAUGACGACGUUGAUGAGGACGACGAGGACGGCGAUGAAGAGGAUGAAGAAAUGGAGGAGGAGGAGGAAUUGAGCAAUGAGUCUGAGAAAGACGCCGCAAAGGGCAACGGCAAUGCCAAUGGCAAUGCAGAAAACAAAACAAGCACAUCCAGAGAGUCCCAUGCAAAGCAAAAAGCGCUUGCACAAGAGCGCAAAGCCGCCAGGCCCAAUGCCGAUGCCAUUGCGCGCACAAAGAAGAUCUGGGAAAGACUACGGCGGAAAUCCCAUGUGCCUCGCGAAGAGCGCAAGAAGCUGGUCGCCGAACUAUACGGCAUCAUAACAGGCCGAGUAAAGGACUUUGUUUUCAAGCACGACUCUGUCCGAGUUAUCCAGACCGCGCUCAAGUAUGCGAACCUGGAGCAGCGCAAGAACAUUGCUGUCGAGCUGAAGGGCGACUACCGGAGUUUGGCAGAGAGCAAGUACGCAAAGUUCUUGCUUGGAAAGUUGCUUGUACAUGGAGAUGCAGAGAUCCGGGACCUGAUCAUACCAGAGUUCUUUGGCCAUGUGAAGAGGCUUAUCCGGCAUCCAGAGGCCUCGUGGAUCUUGGACGAUAUCUACCGAACCGUGGCCACACCGGUGCAGAAGCACAAGCUGCUUCGAGAAUGGUACGGGAUGGAGUUUACGCUUAUGAAAGACGAGAUUAGUGAUGAGACCCCGUCGCUACCUGAAAUCCUGGAGAAAAGUCCUGAGAAGCGUGCGCCCAUCCUACAGCAUCUCCAUGGGAUGAUAAACCAGCUUAUCCAAAAGAAGACUACGGGCUUCACCAUGUUGCAUGAUGCAAUGCUGCAGUACUUCCUCAGCACGAAGCCCGGCAGUGAGGAAGCAACCGAGUUCAUUGAGCUGCUCAAGGGAGACGAAGAAGGGGACCUAGCUAAGAAUUUGGCAUUUACCAAAUCUGGUGCCAGGCUGAUGUGUCUGGCGCUGGCGUACUCGAAUGCCAAAGAUCGAAAGCUGCUGCUGCGAAUGUACCGUGAUACAGUGAAGCUGAUGUCUGGAGACGUCCACGGCCACACUGUGCUCUUGGUCGCGUACGAGGUUGUGGAUGAUACCAAGUUGACUCAGAAGCUACUGCUGUCGGAGCUGCUUACCCAGGACGACCUGGUACCGCGGGCCAACGACCAGCUGGCUCGCAUUCCCAUUCUCUAUUCGUUUGCCGGCAAGAAGAACGGGUGGCUGAUUACAGAUACAGACCGCCAGAUCCUCGAUGAAGUGUGUGAGAUUCGAUCACAGACAUCCAAGAAGGAUCCCGAGAUCCGUCAACGAGAGCUUGUCAGUGCGGCCUCUCCGGCUCUGCUCGAAUGCAUUGCCAACAACGCUGCUGCCCUGGCCGAGACCAGCUUUGGAGCCCGGUUUAUCACCGAGGUCCUUUUCGACAGCACCGGUGACAAAACAGCUGCUCUCGAGGCUGUGGCGGGCCUGGCAGAGGCAGAGGGCGAUGUCCUCAAGUCACCCAACGCCGGCCGGAUGCUCAAGGCCCUCGUCCAGGGAGGACGGUUCAACAAUGCUACCAAGAAGGUAGAGCCCGUCCAGCCUCCGCUCAACUUUGCGUGCCUUCUCUACAAGCACAUCAAGGAUAACGUGCAGUCGUGGGCCACCGAGUGGAAUCCCUUUGUCGUUGUUGCCCUGCUGGAGUCCGAGGAGUUUGACAAGCAAGACGAGCUGGCCGCUACCCUGAAGAAGAGCAAGAAGCAGCUAACAGAGCUGGCGAGCAAGCCCAGGGGAGACGGAGAGGAGAAACGAGACCCUGCCAGCAGCGCUGCAAAGCUGCUCCUUGAGAAAAUUGCCUGAAUAGUGAACAAACCACCGCUGUCAUGCCGUGCUCCAAUAAUAAUAUAUGCCCCUGCUCUGUCAUACAUACCCUUGGGGCAGCAACUGAUACAACAACAACAACGACCACCACCACCACCACCACCACAAACAGCCUCUCUCCCCUUUGAAGCUCGCCGGCGCUUUUCUCUCUCUUUUUCUCUCUCUCCCUUUCCAUCCAUCCCUUGGCCGCCCCAGGCUGACCCAGGGGCAUCCAUACACACUCUCGUGUGCGCCUCCACAAAAAGCAAAAAAGGGGCAAGGAAAAAGAAAUAACACUGUAGAAAAUAUUACGAAAAAUAAUGGACAAAGGAAAUUAAAGCACACACAAACCGAUCGAGAGAAUCGCAGGGGGAAGGCAAAAAGCGCAUCCCGUAGACGUCAUGCCUUGUCAGUUCUUCUCGUCUGCCGUCUCGUCGUCCCUGGGGUGUUUGUUUGUAUAUACAGAGUACGGAGUAGAGCAGCAAAAGAGCCCAACGCCACCGCAUGGAGAGCAAAUAUAGACAGUCAACUAAUAAUAAAUCGAAUAGUCCACCGGGCCAUGGAGCAAACUAAGCCCUACUACCUCCGUGCUUCUUCUUAUUCUUCUUCCUCUGCUGCCGCGAUCUCCUCUGCGUCCUUUUCCCUGUCCUUAACAACCAAGAGAACCGGAUCUCCUGCCGCUGGUCCUUGCUAUCCCGGCCGUCCCGUCC